GAAAAGUUAGAACUAGAGCCUGAUGUAAAUUGGGAGCUUCGGGUUUGCCAGCACCUGCAAUUGGUUUUUAGCCACACUUGUAAUUUGACGAUGCGUCGAUGCCAUGGUGCUCUAAGUUGUUGAGUUGAGUGAGUGUUUACACUUCGCAGCUUACAGUCUGAUGGCUGUACAGUUUUCUUGUGUCUGGAUCAAUGGUCCCGCUGCGCCAUUAACGGGCGCUCGUUACCUUCACUGCGGGAGAAGCUCCUCUCCCUCAGCUCUCUCUGCGGCUGCUUGUGCUUCUUUUCCUUCAUCUUCUAUCCAGAUUGUUGGUGGAAAAACAAACGGAGUUCUCUUAAAUGAGAGCUCAAAACUUUGCGCUACUUCAGAGGGAUGCCAAAAAAAGUAUGAUUGGAAUGAUAUGGAGACCGAACUCUAUUACUGGACAAAACAAUUAAGACCAGUUCAGUGGUAUCCUGGUCAUAUUGCAAAAACUGAGAAAGAGCUCAAGGAACAGCUGAAACUGAUGGAUGUUGUUAUAGAGGUUCGAGAUGCAAGAAUUCCAAUGUCAACAACCCAUCCACAGAUGGAUUCAUGGAUAGGUAAUAAAAAACACAUUUUAGUUCUCAACCGGGAGGACAUGAUAUCCAAGGCUGAUCGGAAUGCUUGGGCUGCUUAUUUCGCAAGUCAAGGAAUAAAAGUUGUGUUCUCCAACGGACAACUUGGAGUGGGCACCAUGAAACUAUGUCGCCUGGCAAAAACAUUAGCUGAUAGUGUGAACAUAAAGCGCCGGGCGAAAGGGUUACUUCCUCGUCCAGUUCGAGCAGGAAUUGUUGGGUAUCCAAAUGUUGGUAAAUCAUCUUUAAUCAAUCGUUUACUGAAGCGUAGGAUGUGUCCUGCUGCUCCAAGACCAGGUGUUACUCGAGAACUGAAGUGGGUCCGUUUUGGGAAAGAUUUAGAGUUACUGGAUUCUCCUGGGAUAAUUCCGAUGAGAAUUACUGACCAGACAUCGGCAAUAAAGCUUGCCAUAUGCGAUGAUAUUGGGGAAAGAUCCUAUGAUGUAGCAGAUGUUGCUGCUAUUCUAGUACAAAUGUUGUCAAGCCAUCCUACAUUAGGCAACAAAGUUAGGGACCGCUACAAAAUGGAGAUUGAUGGUCACUGUGGUAAACUAUUCGUGCAGGAACUUGCGGUUCAAUUAUUCAAUGGAGACAAGCACCAAGCCUCAUUCCGUAUAUUGUCAGAUUUCAGAAAGGGGAAGUUCGGGUGGGUAUCCCUAGAGAGACCACCACGGUAGGAAUAUGGUGGUGCCUUGUUCAUGUUUGAUUAUCCAUUAAUUUUGUACAGAACCCGUUUUGUACGGCAAGUUUUGCAAGAGGGUUGGUUUAGGAAAAAAAAAAGUCUUCCAAGCAGCUUUUGCAUAGUUCAAGACAACAUUUCCUCCUUAAUGUUCUGCCUCCCAAAUGAUCUUACUUCUUCGUUCCGAGAAGCUAUAUAGGACCAUCACAAAUUUGC